AUGGGGCGAAUGGAUCCGCUGUUUCGUUUUGACGCGGAUGACGAUAACGAGGAUGGAGGGGAGGUGGCGGCGUGGGAUUUCAAGGGCGCGGGGAAGACUCUUGCGGAGGAGUUUAAGGAGCGAAAAACGACGUCCGUUGAUACCAAGAUUGAGAUGAUCCGACGGCGGAGAGCGAUGGGGCUUGGGAGCACGAAGAGAGGGAGAGAAGAGGAGGACGAGGAGGAGGAGGAUGAAGAGGAGGAGGAAGAGGAGGAGGAUGAGGAGGAGGAUGAGGAGGAGGAUGUGGAGGAGGAAGAGGAAGAGGAGGAGGAAGAGGCAGAGGAAGAGGUAGACUUAGCGGAGGAGGAGCAGGAAGAGGACGAGGAAGACGAAGAGGAGAUGGAAGAGGAGGAAGAACAGGAAGAGGAAGAAGAGGAUGAGGAGGAGGAAGAUGAGGAGGAAGAGGAAGACGAAGCGGAAGAAGAAGAGGACGAGGAGGAAAAUGAGGAAGAGGAAGAGGCGAGUCACAAGAAGACUAAAAAGGAGCCCAAAAUAAAAGAUAUCGAAAAGGCACCCAAGGCAAAAGCCAGGCGAGAGAAGGAAGGAGCAGGAAAGGGAGAAGGCGGGGAAGGGGGGGGCGGAGGGGGAGGCGGGGGGGUGUAUUUCGAGGGGGCGGAGGAGGCAGGGGCGCGGUUCUCUGCGUCGUCCUUCUCAGAACUGCAGCUGUCGCGGCCGCUGCUGCGUGCGUGUGCUGCUCUGGGGUAUGACAAGCCCACACCCAUUCAAGCGGCCUGUGUGCCGCUGGCUAUGGCAGGCCGGGAUAUAUGCGGCAGCGCCAUCACCGAGCUGCAGCUGUCGCGGCCGCUGCUGCGCGCGUGUGCUGCUCUGGGGUAUGACAAGCCCACGCCCAUUCAAGCCGUGUGCGUGCCGCUCGCCAUGGCUGGGAGAGACAUCUGUGGCAGCGCCAUCACUGGGUCUGGCAAGACCGCCGCCUUCUCUCUCCCCAUCUUGGAGCGACUGUUGUUCCGCCCCAAGCGGGUGGCGGCCACUCGUGUCCUCGUGCUCACCCCAACCAGAGAGCUGGCCGUGCAAGUGCACAGCAUGGUGGAGAAGCUAGCGCAGUUCACUGACAUCCGCUGUGGGCUCGUGGUGGGGGGUCUGUCCAUCAAGAACCAGGAGGUGGCUCUGAGGUCACGGCCAGACAUCGUCGUCGCGACUCCGGGCAGACUUGUUGAUCAUCUGCAGAACAGCCAGAGCGUUGACUUGAACGACCUGGCCAUUCUGGUGCUGGACGAGGCGGACAGGCUGCUGCAGCUGGGGUUCCAGGAGGAGGUGAUGGAAAUAGUGAGAGUCUGCCCAAAGCGCCGCCAAACUCUCCUCUUCUCGGCCACCAUGAGUGGGGAGGUGCAGCAGCUGGCCAGCCUGUCCCUCAACCUGCCGGUGCGGCUGUCUGCUGAUGCUUCCAUGCAGCGACCCCGCACACUGGAAGAAGAGGUGGUUCGAGUGCGAUCGUCUCAGGAAGCAGACCGAGAGGCCAUGCUGCUCGCUGUGUGCUCCAGGCUCGCCAAAACCGCUGGCGCAGGCUCGGAAGGAGGGACGGAUGGUGGUUCGGAAGGAGGACAGGCAGGAGAUUCAGGAAGAGGGGAGAAGCGGAGUAAAGCACAGGGGGGUGGUGGAGUGAUCGUUUUCAGCGGCCGCAAGGUAGAGGCGCAUCGGCUGAAGAUUAUAUUUGGUCUGCUCGGAUGGCGGGCGGCGGAACUACACGGGAACCUUACCCAGGCCAUGCGACUGGAUGCCUUGGAACGAUUUCGGACGCACGAUGUGGACUUCCUUAUUGCCACUGAUGUCGCUGCCAGGGGUUUGGACAUUGCUGGAGUGCAAACAGUCAUCAACUACCACACACCCCGUGAAAUCACCAACUACGUGCACCGAGUGGGGCGGACAGCACGGGCAGGCAAGCUGGGAUCGUCAGUGACCUUCGUGGGGGAGAAGGACCGAAGGCUGCUGAAAGCGAUGACAAAGCGAGCAGGCAGGAAGCUGAAGCAGCGGCAGAUAGCCCAAGCGGCUGUGGAGCGGUGGAGGCAGCGAGUGGAGGGCAUGGAGAGGGAUGUAGCGGCUGUUAUGAAGCAGGAGAGGGAGGAACGGGUGCUGCGAAAGGCAGAGAUGGAAGCAGUCAAGGCUGAGAACAUGCUGACUCAUCGCGAUGAGAUAUUCGCCAAGCCCAAGCGCACGUGGUUCCAGAGCAAGAGGGAGAAGGAGGCAGUGGCAGAGGCGGCUAAGGCUGUGGCUGACGCUGAGGCAGAGGGCGGGGAGGGCGGCAGUGGGAAAGGGGGAGGGAAGGGAGGAGGGAAGGUGCUUUCACUGGAGGAGCUGCAGGAGAAGAGGAGGAAGGAGAAGCUGAAGAAGCAGCGAGAGAAAUCCCUCCCAAGAAAGAAACGCAGAAAGCUAGAGGCAGAGAGGCAGGCGCAAGAGGAGGAGGCAGAAGCACAGGAGUUCGGGUUGGAUGAAGCAUCUGAUGGGAAACCCAAGGCUGGAGGAAAGACAAGAGCCGAUCUGGCUUACCGCAAGGCCAAGGCAAUCAAAUCCGCAGAGCGGCUCCGGGCAGCUGGGAAGAUUGUCAGCCUGCCCAAGGCGGGCGGCCGGGCAGCUGGGAAGAAACCGAAGCAGAAAACGCCGUCCCGGUCCCGAGAGAUGAAGGAUCUGUUUCAGACGGAUAUGGCCAAGGGGAAAGGAGGGGGAGGGGCUGGGGGGGAAGUGAAGGGGAGGGGGAAGGCUGGGGGGACUUUCAAGAGCAAGAAGCGGUGA